AUGACUAUGAACUAUGAAAGGGACGUAACUGAUGAAAAUAUAUUUUAUUUAAUUCAAAUCAAUGGAGGUGAAGGCAAAGAUACAAAAUUAUUAAGCAGAAUUCGUCGACAGAUUUGGGGUGGUUCAUAUAAUAUGAUAUUUGGUAGGCAGCAAUGUGAUGAUAAACCAUGUUUGGUAGAUGAAGAAUGUUGUCGUGGGUAUUCCUGCUUUAAUCCAAAACAACUCACAUCACGACAAGCUAAAAGCCUGGGUGUUUGUUUGGAUGAUGUUGAUAUACUCAGACUCGAAGCUGAACUUUUAUCCUAA